GGCGAUAUGGCUGCACUGGUGGAGCCGCUGGGGCUGGAGCGGGACGUGUCCCGGGCUGUGGAGCUGCUGGAGCGGCUGCAGCGCAGCGGAGAGCUGCCCCCGCAGAAGCUGCAGGCCCUGCAGCGGGUCCUGCAGAGUCGCUUCUGCUCCGCCAUCCGCGAGGUGUAUGAACAGCUCUAUGACACGCUGGACAUCACUGGCAGCGCCGAGGUGCGGGCUCAUGCCACAGCUAAGGCCACAGUGGCUGCUUUCACGGCCAGUGAGGGCCACGCACAUCCCAGGGUCGUGGAACUACCGAAGACUGAUGAGGGUUUGGGCUUCAACAUCAUGGGUGGCAAGGAGCAGAACUCACCCAUCUAUAUCUCUCGAGUCAUCCCUGGGGGCGUGGCUGAUCGCCAUGGUGGCCUCAAGAGGGGAGACCAGCUGCUGUCUGUGAAUGGUGUGAGUGUGGAAGGCGAACACCAUGAAAAGGCGGUGGAACUCCUGAAGGCUGCACAGGGCUCAGUGAAACUGGUGGUGCGCUACACUCCUCGGGUGCUGGAGGAGAUGGAAGCCCGCUUCGAGAAGAUGCGAUCUGCCCGUCGGCGCCAGCAGCACCACAGCUACACGUCCUUGGAGUCUCGAGGCUGAAAUCACAGACCAGGACCCUCCUUCUCCUCCCCUGUACAGUAUUAUUUAUUGUCACUGGCUCCUUAUUUAAAGAUCUUUAACCCUCA